AAAAUAAAAAAUAAAAAAAUCGACCCGAGAAAUUUGAAUGAACCAGAAAAAGUUUUGAGCAAUACGUCUUCUCCUUCAUCCGGCACCGCCUGGUCUCUGUCCGCUUGGUCUUCGCUUAGACUUCUCCUGCAAACUCACUCUCGCAACACAUUCUCAGUCUCUCUUCCCAAAUCAAAGAAGCACAACGAUGUCAUCAGGGACAACUCAGAGCGGUUGGAUCGAUCCAACGAGUCGGUUCGAUCCGAAAAGUGGGUUCGACCCUCUAACGGGAGUCUAUCGGAGCCUCCGACCUGACAAACCUCUCCCUCCGCCCAAUCAACCUCUAUCCAUCUCUCAAUUUUGUCUCUCUCUCUUCCGCUCCUCCGCCACCUGCACCGCCACCGCCUUCGUCACCGAUGCCACCACCGGCCUCGGCCUCUCUUUCACCGAGUUCUUUUACCGGACUAACUCAUUAGCGCGCUUUCUGCACUCUCAUUUCUCUCUCUCCCGAAACGACGUCGCUUUCAUACUUGCACCCGCUUCCCUCCACAUUCCCGUUCUCUACUUCUCUCUAUUGUCUCUAGGCGUUGUUAUCUCUCCGGCCAACCCGCUUGCCUCCGACUCGGAGGUAUCUCACCAGCUCCAACUCAGCAAACCCGUCAUCGCUUUUGCCACUUCCCAGACUGCCCACAAGCUCCCUUCACUACCCAAGGGAAUCGUCCUCCUCGACUCACUCGAGUUCCUCUCCUGGCUAGCUCAGCCAGGCUGCGACAGCGGAGACGGCCUCAGCUUCAUUGAACGGGUUCAUGUGAGUCAGUCCGACCCGGCGGCCAUUCUUUAUUCCUCGGGGACAACCGGACGGGUUAAGGGUGUGUUGCUGACACACCGUAAUCUGAUAGCCGUGACAGGUCAAGUUUUGAGGUCAGAAGAUGGCAGUGAAGACACUGAGGAGUCGCUGCCACAUCCAGUAUCUCUUUUCACGCUGCCCCUGUUUCAUGUGUUUGGGUUCUUCUUGUUGGCGAAGGCGGUUGCUACAGGGGAGACGGUGGUGUUGAUGGAGAAGUUCGAUUUCGAAGGGAUGUUGAGGGCGGUGGAGAGGUACAGGAUAGUUUACGCGCCUGUAUCUCCGCCGCUCGUCGUGGCCAUGGUGACGUCAGAGUUGACCGACAAGUACGACUUGAGCUCACUCAUGGCGCUGGCCUGUGGUGGUGCACCGCUAGGGAAGGAGACUGUAGAGAGGUUCAAGCAGAAAUUCCCCAAUGUAGAGAUUGUGCAGGGAUAUGGUUUGACAGAGUCUUGUGGGGCAGUAGCAAAGACAAUAGGGCCUGAUGAGGUGCAGCGACAUGCUUCUGUUGGGCGACUAGCUGAAAAUACAGAAGCAAAGAUUGUUGAUACUGUAACCGGAAAGGCCCUGCCUCCUGGACAGCAUGGAGAGCUUUGGUUACGAGGGCCAGCAAUCAUGAAAGGUUAUGUUGGAGAUGAUAAGGCAACUUCAGAAGCCUUGGAUUCUGAAGGAUGGCUAAGGACUGGGGAUCUUUGUUAUUUUGACUCUGAGGGUUUCCUCUAUAUUGUCGAUAGGUUAAAGGAAUUGAUAAAAUACAAGGCAUAUCAGGUUCCUCCAGCUGAGUUGGAACAUUUACUUCAGUCUCAUCCUGAAAUUGCUGAUGUGGCCGUUAUUCCGUAUCCGGAUGAAGAAGCAGGACAGAUUCCCAUGGCUUUUGUAGUGAGAAAACCUGGAAGUAGUCUCAGCGAGCUUGAAGUGAUGGACUUUGUCACCAAACAGGUUACACCAUACAAGAAAAUACGACGAGUUGCUUUUAUCAAUUCUAUUCCAAAAUCUCCUGCUGGUAAGAUUCUGAGAAAAGAAUUGAUUAAACUUGCAGUGUCCGGCAGUAUGUCCAAAUUGUAAUCUGGUCCAAGUGGAAUGAUUUUUCGGAGAGCUUGGCCGGCACUCAGAAAAGUUGUAAGUCAUGUAAGAUAUAUCUGUAAAUGGCUGUUCUUCAAGUGAACUCGUGAUUGUAAUUCUUUUGGAGAUGCUUAUAGAGUAUUUAUCUUUUUUUUUUCUUAAUUUAAAGGAAAACAAGUAGCUGUUGCUGUUAAAUUGAAUAUAAAUUAUAAUUUAGUUUUAUUUAAA